CUGAAUUAUACAACAACCUACUCUACUGGAUCUGUUUCACCCUCUCUCUCUCUUACACAACACAUGAGAUGGACACAAACUCAACAUUGAUCUUCACUUUCACACUCCUUCUCUUCGCCAUCAUCACCUUUCUCAAAGUCCUCACAUCACUUCUCAGUCCGAACAAAACCAAACCAAACCUUCCACCAGGCCCUAAGGGUCUUCCUGUUGUGGGAAACCUCCUCCAACUGGGUGCCAAGCCCCACCAAACCCUGGCCACCCUGGCCAAGACUCAUGGCUCAAUAAUGAGCCUCAAACUGGGCCAAGUAACCACCAUCGUGAUGUCCUCAGCAGAAGCAGCCAAAGGGGUGCUCCAAAUCCAUGAUCACUUUCUCUCAAACAGGAAGAUCCCUGAUGCAAUGAAAGGUGCCAACCAUGACCACUUCAGCUUGCCCUUCAUCCCAGUUUCACAACAGUGGAGAGAGCUGAGGAAGCUCUGCAAUGGCCUCUUGUUCUCCAACAAGAACUUGGACGCCACUGUGGAGCUCAGAAGCAAGAAGGUUCGAGAGCUUUACAGUGACAUUCACCACAGCAGCUUGAAGGGUGAACCUGUGAACAUUGGAAGAAUGGCUUUCAAGACGAUAAUAAAUCAGCUGUCAAACACAAUCUACUCAGAGGAUUUGAUUCAGUCUGCGGAAAAAGCUGGGGAGAUGAAGGAGUUGGUGACCAACAUCAUGAAAGAGGUUGGAAGGCCAAAUUUGGCUGAUUGUUUCCCAGUGCUGAAGAUGAUUGACCCUCAUGGAAUCAGAAGACGCACAGGAAGCUACUUUGAGAAGCUUUUGAACAUAUUCAAGAGCUUGAUUCACAAAAGGUUGGAACUGAGAAACGAUGCUGCUGGUUACUGCACCAAAAGGGACAUGUUGGAUGCCAUGCUCAACGAUGCUGAGCAUAAGAUGGACAUAGUUAAGAUUCAACGAUUGUCAUUGGAUUUGUUUGUGGCAGGAACUGAUACAGUGACAUCUACGGUAGAAUGGGUAAUGGCUGAGUUACUUCACAACCCACAUGUUAUGUCAAAGGCAAAAGAAGAGUUAGAGAGGGUUAUAGGAAAGGGUAACCUUGUGGAAGAGUCAGACAUAGCAAAACUCCCUUAUUUGCGGGCUAUAGUGAAAGAGACUUUCAGGCUGCACCCUGCAGUUCCACUUUUGCUACCCAGAAAAGCUGAAGUGGAAUUUGAGAUGCAUGGACACACCAUUCCAAAGGGUGCACAAGUGUUGGUUAAUGUGUGGGCCAUAGGGAGGGACCCUAAUUUGUGGGACAAACCUAGUUUGUUUUGGCCUGAGAGGUUUUUGGAAUCAGAAAUUGACUUCAAAGGAAGGAGUUUUGAGCUAACCCCAUUUGGUGGUGGGAGGAGAAUAUGCCCUGGUUUGCCAUUGGCCAUAAGGUUGGUGUUCUUGAUGUUGGGAUUGUUCAUCAAUUCCUUCGAUUGGGAGCUUGAGGGUGGGAUUAAAGCAGAGGAUAUGAACAUGGAUGAAAAUUUUGGACUAACCUUGGAGAAGGCUCAACCUGUGUUAGCUGUUCCAAUCAUACCAAAACAUUAGAUAUUUAUCUUCAAGGGCCAUUGUAUAAUUUAUCAUCCAACUCUUAGUACAAAUAUCUGUUUCUACAUUAUUC